AUGGAUUGGAAGAACCCGCAGCAGCGGCGACAGCAGUCGUCGGCCUCGUCUUCGUCUUCGUCAUCGAUCAAGAGGCUCCCAGAGACGCCCGCACCGCCGAGCAGCUCUAAAAGACGGGUCGGCGUCCCCCCACCACCACCUGGCGCGGCCGCGACCGCGCCCAUCUCGCCGGGCCAGGUCACUGCACUGGUGCGCGAGGCCCUCCAGAAGGCGCGCAUCGACGACGAGAACCGCGCUCCAGACUCGGACGGCCUGAAGCCGGGCAUCACGCUUGAUCUCACCCAAAAAAACAUCCCCGCCCUUCCCGACGAGGUUGUAGACAUCCUCCGCAAUAGCGUCGAGCGUCUGGCCCUCUCCCACAACUCCCUUGUCUCACUGCCCGCCCGCUUCGCCCGGUGCACCUCGCUGCGCUACUUGGCUGCCAGAAACAAUGCCUUCGAGGUGUUUCCGCUGCCGCUCUGCGAUCUCACCUCCCUGGAGUUCCUGGACCUGGGGCGGAACAAGCUGGAAGAGCUCCCCCCUGAGAUUGCUAAGCUCACUUCGCUCAAGGCCCUUGCUCUCCAGGAUAACAGAAUCAAGACGCUGCCUCUCGGCUUAGGUGACAUGAGCUCGCUGCAAAGGCUGAGACUGGACGGGAACCCCAUCAGCUUUCCUCCAAAGGAAGUUUUUGUAGUCCAGCGUUGGGACCUGGCCCCAAACGAGACGCUGUCCGAGAGUGUGUCGGAGUUGAUGUUGACGGACCAGAUCAAAAAGUAUCUGGGCCAGCGGCUGAACGCACAGGCCAUCGGCGGGGCCUCGGAAUCCGAAGCAGGAGAUGAUGAAUCUAGCGAGGGCGUCGACACACCACGCCUGCCCGCCAGAAGACCGGGCAGCCGCUUCCCAAUACGAGUCAAGGGCUCCGGCACCGCCGGAGCCUUGUCUCCCCCCGUGUCGAGGUCUCCGUCGCUGUCGAGGCCGCCGCCUAUCCCCGGCCGAUCGCUGUCUCAGUACACCAACACUUUGGCCCGGAAGCAGGGCAUUAUACCCCUGACCAUGGGUAAGUCCAACGAGAGCCUCCGGAGUAACCCCGAGCUGGUGAGGUCAUCGCUGGACGAAGAGCGAUCACAGAGCCGUUCCUCUACCCGUGCAGGUGAAGCCGUUGCCGCGGGUGGCAGACUGGCCCAACAGCCCGGUGCGGUCACUACAAGUGCCAGGGCAUACCGGACGAGCACUCAUUUCCGUGGUUUCAGCUAUAGCGGGGGCUUGACUCUCCAGAACCCCUUCAGCCCCGAAGACCCGUCUUUGCAGCGGCCGCUAUAUGUCAGGGCCCUUUCCGCGUUGCCUGUUCGCAAGUACCAGUCCCAGGCAGUCGACCCGGUGCUGGAAGUUUCCAAAGGCAUUCUAUAUUCGAUAUUUCAGCUGCACAUGGGAGUCCAGACUCUGAUGAGCCUCACCAACGAUGGCGGAGCUAGGCGGUCUAGCCUCGAGAUGGUAUUCUACAAUACCAAUGUUUACUUUGGAGAGCUUGAGCGGGCAAUUCAGGACUACGAGCUUUCGGCAGGCACUUGGGCCGGUACUCGAGAGCACGAGGGGAUGCAGCGGGCAUACGUCACCCUGAUUCAGGCUUAUGUCCACAUCUGCUCCCGGCUCACCGGCAGCGUCGACCUUCUCGUGGAUAAUGGUGAUCAGCGGUACAUGCGAACAUUCUUGUUGCUUCUUUACCACAGUGUUAUGGAAUUGCGUGCGACUAUCAGCACAUGGCUCGCGGCCCAGACCGCAGCACCUACACCGCACAGGCCGUCACCACCGCCUCGUGAGACUUUGCCAGCACCCAGGCCGCCCAUACCGCCCGCAGUCACUCCUGGGAGGUCCCCUAAGCGCCAGAUGCAGGUCAAGACAGAUAUACCGUACAACGUGGGCAUACUACGGCGGCCGGUGGCGCACGCCAGGACACCGCCAUCAAGCGAUUCCUUUUCGUCGUCCGUAUCUUCACAGGCCGAUCCGGCCAGCAGUGACGGAGACCAGCAAUUCGAGUGCUUCUUUGUGUCGCUCAAAACCGCAUCCGAGCUGGCCCAAGAGACUCUGCCGGGGCUCAAGAACCUCUUCGCUGGGGGACUCCGCAAGGCCCGCUCGGCCGAGGACACGGUCAGCUGGGAGCUCUUGCUCAAAAGGAGCGCCGCCGUCGCACAGCAGGAAGAGCCGCUACGUGCCCUCCUGUCGACGAUCCGGCUGCGCGACCCGAGCCUAGGCGCCCGCUCGCCGUUCUGGGGUCUCUGCCACAGCCUGUUUGUGUCUUGGGCCGAGCUGUGCGACCAGAUCAAGCUGGCGCUCGACACGAAGCUCAUCGUGCGGUUCCCGGCCGACACGGAGAUGGGGAUCCGCCAGAUCUCGCGCAACAUCAAGGACGGCAUGAGCCUCUGGGACGUCGUGCGGAGACAGGCAGCGGCUAGCAGCCUCGCCACCACCUCUUCUUCGGCUCGCUCUGGCAGCCCCGCGCGGAAAACCGACCAGGCCCUGCCCCUAACGCCGCAGAGCGCGGCGCUAGGGCCAGCCGUCCGCGCCACGAAGCCGUUCUCUCCUCCCUGA